AUGAACAAUCCGGUCGCUCUCCGCAUGACCGGCAUUAUUAACACGGCUUUCCUGCACCGGCUCACGUUGGUUAUGCGUAACCUGGGACAAACGCCAAGAAUCCGAGUUCGACCCAGGCAUCUGGAUAUUAUUGAUAUCCUCGACAGAAGUCUGUUUCUCAGUUCGCGCAGGCACUUCGGGCUGAGCAGUAGGCGUAGACUGCUUGGUAGCUGCUUGCUUGUUCUCAUUUGUCCCCUGUGUGGGGGUGUUCUCAUCGUGGAUAGGACUAUCGCUGUCGCAAACAAGAUUCACCCAGACUUGGGUGUAAGUAAUCUGGCGCACCGCGCACUGGCUGACUUCGACGCCAUCUCGAAUCUCUUUGGUGAUCAGGGGCGGGUCGAUGCAUCCUGGGACCUCGUGUACGGUGAUGUUGCAGCCGCUGCCGCCUUCUAG